UCCACCAACAUAAAAUUCACACACAGCGGAUAGUGGAUCUACUCUACUCUCCUCUACAAUACGGACAAUAUGAAUUUACUCUGCUCUUUCUUCAUUCUGGUCUGCGUAUGUAUUCACAGUGUACAGGGUGCUAUUGGUACGUCUCAGAUAAACUGCUUAAGUGGAAGUAAUGUUGAAAUCGGUACUGUUGAAGAGGAAUACAGCGGAGAUGUGGAGAUUGUCACUAAUAUCCAGCCGUCUGACGUGCUGGUUCUGGAACCGUACGCUUUUCCUAUUGGGCUGACGUUUGUGGAGCUCGUCCAUUCACCUGGAGCUCCGACCGCAACCAUCAGAACCACCAAACCUCUGGAUGCUGACCAGAUGAAGGAGUCUGGUGGAACUCUGUAUUAUUCAAUAGCCUGCACAAAUUCAGGGGUAAAGAAUUACCGCACGCUUGAUCUCAUAGAUAUCAAUGACAACGCUCCAGUUUUUGAAAAGAAAGAAUACACCAUCAGCAUAUCUGAAAUCACUCCUGUGAAUUCAGAUGUUCUGAAAGUUCUGGCAGUUGAUGCCGACUUUUCACCAGAAUUCAGCAGAGUGACGUAUUCUAUACAGCCUCCAGCUCCAGCUGAGUUUCAGCUGAGGAGUGACGGGACCAUCCGGCUGAUAAGUCGUCUCAACUACAAUAUUGCCAGUGUCUACAGCUUCACUAUAGAAGCUGCGGAUGUCGGGAACCUGAAGGACACGGCGAGUGUCGUCAUCAACAUAGAGGACUUCGACAACUUAAACCCGUAUUUCGAUCACAGUCUGUAUCAGGCGUCUAUUCUAGAGAACGAGGUGGGAGAACUAACAGUUGGUCCGGAUGCUAUAAAAGCUCAGGAUGGAGAUACAGGAAUCAAUGAGCCUGUAGUUUACAGUAUAACUGCAGUCAACCCAGCGAAAUACCUGACCAAUUUUGAGAUAAACCCAAACAGUGGGGUGAUCUCAGUGAGGACUGCACUGGACCGAGAAGAAAUAGAGACUAUCACCAUUCAAAUACAGGCAGAGCAGCAGGACGACAGCACAAAGGCAGCCAGCUCUAUCGUCUUUCUCACUGUUGAAGAUGUGAAUGAUAAUCCACCAGAGUUUGACCAGAGUGAAUACGCUACAGUUAUUCCAGAGAAUUCUCCAAAUGGCAUGCUCGUGCUUCAGGCCACAGUCACAGAUCUGGAUCAGGGCGGCUUUGUGGGAACUCUGCGUCUCGUUCCGGACACCGUUCCGUUCUCCAUCAGUCCAGACGGAUCCAUCAGAGUGAAAACGUCCGCUGAGCUGGACAGAGAGACCAUCAGCAGCUUUGCUUUUGAGAUUGAGGCCAAGGACACGCCUCCUGCCAACUUCACUGCGACAGCGUCUGUGAACAUCACCCUCUCUGACGAGAACGACAACAGCCCGGAGUUCGGACAGACGACGUACGAGGGCGAAGUUCCCAUCGAUCAGACCGUUGGAAUGCUGGUUGUUAAGGUGGAAGCAACAGACCCGGAUGAAGGACCUAAUGGGCAAGUUACGUACUCAAUUGACUUCGGCAAUUAUGAGGACUAUUUCAGCAUCGAUGAAAACACUGGCAGUAUAACGUUAACCAAGACCAUCCCUCUUCAGCCGAACAGAAUCCUGCAGUUUUUACUCUACGUCACAGCAAAAGAUGGUGGUGCUGUGAGCAGAUCCUCCUCUACACUUGUGGACAUUAAAGCACCUGGAGAAUCCCACCCCCAGUUUAUUGACAAGCCCUACCACGGAAGAGUGGAGGAAGAACAAGAGCCUGGGGCAGAAAUCGUCAAGGUGUCCUUCCUGUCGGUGGCUCCCAUCGUUAGCGUCACCUUAACGGUCGAGACAGAAGCAGACAAGUUCUCCAUAGACCAAGUGACAGGAAUGCUCUCCACCAAAGUCAAACUGGACUACGAGACUCAGAAGAACUACACCGUCCAGGUGUCUCUAACAGAUGGAACCAAUCUGGAUGAAGCCUUGAUCUACGUGGAAGUGCUGGACAUCAAUGACAACAGCCCUGUGUUUGACCCCAUCCCAAGUUCCAUCGAAAUACCAGAGGAUGCCGCGAUCGGAGACAAUGUGACGACGGUAUCGGCCACGGACGCAGAUUCAGGGCUCAACGGCGAGGUGCGGUACAGCCUGGAGGGUUCUGCUGGGAUUUUCAGCGUGAACCCAGACACUGGCUUGAUCACGGUCGCAGCAAAACUGGACAGAGAGACCCAGGACACGUACAGCUUCAGAGCCGUCGCCCAAGACCAAGGUCGACCGACUCUCUCAGGAGAGGCUUCCUUGGUCGUCACAAUCACUGACGUCAACGAUAACGCUCCGAUCUUCACCAAACAGCAGUAUGAGACCUUCAUCAAGGAGAACGCCACCAUAGGAACGGACGUGACCAGUGUCAGCGCAACCGACAAAGACGAAGGUCUCAAUGCAGUCGUGUCGUAUUACAUCACCAAGCAGGAACCUCCUUCUUCACCUGAAAUCUUUACUAUAAACGCCACAAGUGGGUCAAUAAGCCUGGCUCAGGAGCUGGACUACAGCAAGGUUAAGAGAUAUACCCUGGAGGUGGAGGGAAGGGACCACGGGAGUCCAUCACUUACAGGCACAGCUGUGGUCGUGGUUUGGGUGGAGGACGUGAAUGAUACUCCACUGCAUUUCCUCCAUAGAACCUACCAUGGGAAAGUAGAAGAAGAACAAGAACCUGGGGUGGAAAUCGUUGAGGUGUCCUUCCUGUCGGUGUCUCCCAUCGUUAGCGUCACCUUAACGGUUGAGACCGAAGCAGACAAGUUCUCCAUAGACCAAGUGACAGGAAUGCUGUCCACCAAAGUCAAACUGGACUACGAGACACAGAAGAACUACACCGUCCAGGUCUCUCUAACAGAUGGAACCAAUCGGGAUGAAGCCUUGGUCUAUGUGGAGGUGCUGGACAUCAAUGACAACAGCCCUGUGUUUGACCCCAUCCCAAGUUCCAUCGAAAUACCAGAGGAUGCAGCGAUCGGAGACAAUGUGACGACGGUAUUGGCCACGGACGCAGAUUCAGGGCUCAACGGCGAGGUGCGGUACAGCCUGGAGGGUUCUGCUGGGAUGUUCAGCGUGAACCCAGACACUGGCUUGAUCACGGUUGCAGCAAAGCUGGACAGAGAGACCCAGGACAAGUACAGCUUCAGAGCCGUCGCCCAAGACCAAGGUCGACCGACUCUCUCAGGAGAGGCUUCCUUGGUUGUCACAAUCACUGACGUCAACGAUAACGCUCCGAUCUUCACCAAACAGCAGUAUGAGACCUUCAUCAAGGAGAACGCCACCAUAGGAACGGACGUGACCAGCGUCAGCGCAACCGACAAAGACGAAGGUCUCAAUGCAGUCGUGUUGUAUUACAUCACCAAGCAGGAACCUCCUUCUUCACCUGAAAUCUUUACUAUAAACGCCACAAGUGGGUCAAUAAGCCUGGCUCAGGAGCUGGACUACAGCAAGGUUAAGAGAUAUACCCUGGAGGUGGAGGGAAGGGACCACGGGAGUCCCUCGCUUACAGGCACAGCUGUGGUCGAGGUUUGGGUGGAGGACGUGAAUAAUAACCCUCCAAAGUUCAGCCAGGAUCUGUACAAUGUGGCCGUCUAUGAGAACAUAGACCCUGGAUCUGCAUUGGUGUCGCUGGAGGUGACGGACGAGGAUGAGGGUGGAUUCUCCAAAGGCUUCUUUCUUCUGACAAGUGAUAUAUUCAGUAUUAAUGCUCAAGGUGUGGUGCACCUGCGGAACAAUGCUAGCCUCGACAGAGAGACCAAGGACAACUACCUUAUACAGGUGGUGGCUGUAGACCAGCCUGUGGACGGUUUGAGCUCCACCGCCCAGGUCAACAUAACUGUUCUGGACAUCAACGACAACAACCCACAAUUCAUCGACCUUCAAAAUCCACUAGAGAUCCCUGAGGACUUUAUGGGGGAGGUGUAUCGCAUCGACGUCACGGACGCAGACAUCGGUCCCAAUGGAGAAGUUACUGUCUUCACCAUGUCCCACAUUGACCUCUUCAGCAUCACGAGGGAAAGAUUUCUGACGGUGAUCGGAGAACUAGAUCGGGAAACCAAGGAUCUUUAUGAACUCUUCAUCAUGGCCAAAGACAAUGGAGAACCAUCAAGAAACAACGUUACCACAAUGACCAUUAUCGUAACAGACGUGAACGACAACGAUCCAGUCUUUACCGAAGAAAUCUACUCAACACGAGUUCUGGCCAAAGAGGUUAAAAAGGGAGAUCUGGUGCUGGUUGUGACGGCUACAGAUCGGGACAUAGGGAAUAACUCCCUCAUCUCAUACAGGUUUUCUUCAGGUUCUGAUCUGGUGGAUCUUCAUCCUGAGACAGGAGCCAUCACCUGGACACGUGACCUUACUGAGAUCACUGAGGACAUGGAGCUGGACCUUACUGUUUUAGCUGAGGAUCAUGGAGUACCAUCAAGAAAUGGUACAGCCAAAGUCCUGAUCGAGAUUAGAGCCAAUUCCCUGUCGGAGGAGUUGAGCUUCGAGAACUCCACCUACUCCCUCAAAGUGAAGGAGAACGAACCAGUGGGAACAGAAGUGGGCGUGGUUACAGCGAUAAGUGGAAGCCAGACGGUUCAGGUCGAUUACAAACUGACCUCGAACUCAGACCUGUUCUCUAUAGACAAGAGUGGAACCAUCAGGACUCUUCAGUCUCUGGAUAAGGAGGAACUGGAAUGGUACAUCUUUAAAGUGGAAGCUACUGACAGCAGGACUCCGCCCACCACUGCCGUGACUACGGUUAUGGUUCAGGUUGAAGAUGUAAAUGAGCCUCCAGUCUUCGACGUAAAAACGUACAGGACAGAAAUCCUCAGCGUCGCUCCUUUCAAAUAUCCGGUUGUGACAUUAAAGGCGACUGAUCCGGACGUCGGGGACACUGAGGAGCUGCAGUUUUCCCUGCAGGGCUCCAGUUCUCUCCUGGCAGUGGAAAGCUCUACUGGUCUGGUCUAUGUUCUGGAUUUAACAGAAAUGGGAGGUCAGGUGAUCACGGCUCAGGUCAGAGCUACUGAUAAACAGGGACUCUACGAUACGGCUCAACUCCAGGUGAAUGUGAAACCCAGCAGCACUGAAGAUAUUGUGAUCAUCGCCCUCAACCAGCCCAUCCACAGUGUGGAGCAGAAGAUCCAGGAAACUCAGAGUUCUCUGCAGAAGGUUCUGGGCUGGACUGUGAACAUCUUAAGUCUGAGGUCUGAGAGUGGAAGUGAGAUGCGCUCACUCCUGAAAGAAACCACCUCCAAAACCUACAUCAGCUUCGUGGCAACAGAUAAAGAUGGUGUGACUGUUCACGCUAAAGACGUUCACGAGAAGCUGAAGAGCGAGCGGGAGCUGGUUAAAGCUGAGCUGGAGAAAGUGUUCGGUUCUGGUCUGGUAGUAGAAGAACUGGUUGGAGGUUCUGGAGGUUCUGCAGAGUCUGAUGAAGCUGUGAUUAUUACUCUCGGGGUUCUGCUGGGGCUCAGCAUGGUGGGACUCAUAGUGCUGGUGGUGGUGGGGGUGAUCAGGUUUAGGAAGAUGAAAGAUGGAGAAGAUUCAGAUAAAGAAAGCUUCAACAUCGGGAAGAAGGCACUGAGCGUUACCUUCACUAAUGAAGAGGUGUUCAUCUCAUCAUCAUCACAGGAGGACGGGGAAAGUUACAGUUCCAGCAGGAAAGUUUCAGACACUUCAGAAAAGGGAAUCACAACUGUAGCUGCUUUCUGAAAAACAGCUGCAUGAAGAAAUGCUAUAACCUCAUUCAACCCCCGUAUAUACAGUAUAUAUAACCCUAAAAGCCCUAAAUUGACUAUUUUAUUCUAAAACGUAAAAUGACCUCUACACCACUUUCAGUCAAAAUCAUAACGUCUAUCAGACAAAAACCUCGCAUCUCAAUUCUCAAAAUCUGCUGUUUUUAACUUUUUAGUUCUUGUUUUACUUUAUAACAUGAAUUUGGCACUUGUUCUUUAUAUUAUGUCAUAUGUUUAUUAUGAAUGGACCAGUAGAAAUGCUCUAUAAUCUGUUUACACUGACAUCCAUUACUGGAGAUACAAGAUUUCUACAUGAGAUAUAUAUAUUCUGAAAUUCAGAUUUCAGUGUAAGUUUCAGAUUUUCUCCCUCAUGCACUAAUCUGCCUAUUUUUAUAUAUAUUUUCAUGCUGUCUGUAAUAUUUGCUACUGUUUUAUAGUCUAUAAAAGAUAAUGGCACAGAUACAGCUCUGAAAAAAAUAAGAUACCACUUUAGUUUCUGAAUAGGUUUUGCUGAUUUUGAUAUUUAUAGAUUUAUGUUUGAGUAAAAUGAACAUUGUUGUUUUAUUCUAUAAACUACAGACAACAUUUCUCCCAAAUUCCAAAUUAAAAUAUUUUAGUCAUUUAGAGCAUUUAUUUACAGAAAAUGAGAAAUGGCUGAAAUAACAAAAAGAUGCAGAGCUUUCAGACCUCAAAUAAUGCAAAGAAAACAAGUUUUCAUGCAUCUUGGCAUCAUGUUCUCCUCCACCAGUCUUACACACUGCUUUUGGAUAACGUUAUGCUAAUCACUCCUGGAGCAAAAAUUCAAGCAGUUCAGUUUGGUGGUUUGAUGGUUUGUGAUCAUCCAUCUUCCUCUUGAUUAUAUUCCAGAGGCUUUUAAGUGGUCUUUUAUUUUUUUCCAGAGCUGUAUAUGUUACCAAUACAGAAGUUGAAUAAUUGGAUGCUGUAAUGUUUUAACUAAAACUGAAAUCUGGAAGUGAUUAAAUGGGAUUGUGCAAUAUGA